AUGGAAUAUGAUGAUGAGAAUCGUGAAAAACCUCUCAAGUUUGGAAUAACCAACUUAAUACCGGUACCUGACCAUAACCUUCACGAGAUUAUUGGUUCCUGUAACGGCUUAAUUUGUCUAUCUGCGUGUUCCAAUAACGAUCCAAUUUAUAUUUGCAAUCCCAUGACCAGAGAAUUUGUCUGCCUUCCGAAGUUGACGAAAAAAUUCCGGCCUAGGGAUUAUGUUGUGAGCGGGUUCGGUUUCGACCCUUGUGCGAAUGAGUAUAAGGUUGUCAGGAUAUAUUUUGGACGUGUCUAUGUAUAUACCCUCGGCAGUGGCCAAGGGUGGAGAACUUUAAAAGAUAUCACAUACAAAUUGCAUCCAUCUGUUUCUAAUGAGAUCCUUUGGAACGGAGCUCUUCACUGGUUUGAUAAAGAUGGGAAAAUUGUGAAAUUUGCUAUAUCUGAUGAAACUUUCUCUGUCCUCCCCACACAGGAAUAUGUUGAUGAGAUGAAAAAGGACGAUCUAUCAAAAAAUAAAAAGAACAGAACGAGGUUGCCUGAUAAUGAGAAUCGGAAGCAAGAUAUAGAGGAGUCAUCGUGGAGUUGGGAGCAAGAUACUUUUGACUGGCAAUCCUUGGAUUCUAAAAAGCGGACUAGUGAACUUUACCCGGUUGCCAUUUUAAAGGACAAUACCAAAAUUCUAUUUCAUGAUAAUUAUUGUAAUUAUUAUCGUCAAAACCUUGCGGGAAUGCGUUUUAAAAUUAUUGCAGGUGAUCGUUCUCCACAUGAUUCAGUUCGGUACAUGAAAAGUUUUGUAUCAUUGAAAGCUCUUGGUGAAAAAGAAGCAAAGUUAAUGAAAUCAAGUAAAUGA